UGACAGUGACACGGGCUGUCAGUUCCGUCACGGUGCAUCUCUGGUCGCCUGUUCCGUUCUUCUGUCAUCCCCACUCUCAUUCCAUUCCUUUUUUCUUUAUUAUGAUUAUCCUCUAAUUAUUACUCCGUCACACUCCGUCAUUAGAGAGUAGGGCGAGAAACGGAGCGACUGGAGAAGUCGUGUGAGUAACGAGUUGUGUCUGAAACGACGCGUGCUUUUUACGGUUAAAAGCAUUCCCGUAGUCUUGUCUUAUCUCACCGAGUGACAAAUAUGAAUAAUUCUUAAGAAUAUUUCUAUCACUAGAGUUUCAAGAUUAUGCUGCGAUUGCACAAUUUCUUUCUUGAUUUGGUGUUGUGAGUCUGGUUUCUCCAAAUGAAGAAUCUUGAGCGUCGACUCUCAUCCCAGUGACUAAUAGUGCUUUAUAAAUAAAUUAAUUACUUUCAGACUGAAAUCGACCAAUUUCGUAACUCAAACCCAAGAUAAAACAAGAUUUGGUAAAAGUACUGUGAAUUCUGGAAUCUAUCUUUAGACAAGAAUAUCUUUCACGCAUGGAAAAACAUGUGUAUGUUAAAGAACGAGUGACUUAAUUCCGAUUCCAGAAAAAGGCCUUAUUUUUCCUACUUCGAAAAAACCGUAAAAAGAAUUUUACUCCAAAAUGCGAGGGCCCGAAAAACGUGUAUGGAAUGCACUCGGAGAAAUAACGAUCUGGAUUUCCUAUUGAAAAAGAAAGAUCUUCAUUGAUGAUCAAAAAAAGGAGAAAAGAAAGAGCAUUCUUUUGAGAAUGAAUGGAGAAAUUGAGUCGAUGUGCCGGGAGAGGCCAACUCGCUGUCUGAAAAUUCCUCUGAGGUCGACGGAGCAGAUUUAUUUAGUGUUUUUGAUUCCAACACUCGUAAACUGCAUUCUAUAUGUUCUUAAUUUUUCGGCGGAUUUGGUGGUUUCUGUUCAGCAUUUUCGAGAGGACAAUCCGAUAUGGGGAUGCAUUACUAUUGGCUUGAUAUAUUUGCCUGCAAUUGUUUAUUUUGUUUUGACGGUUUCGAGACCAGAUUGGUGGAUGACAGAUGAUGAUAAGGUGUCAAAAGGUGCCUUUGCGUGGUUUGGACUUCAACUGUGUCAUCUUAUCGCCUUUCCUCUCUUCGCUCUAUAUAGAUUUGCCGGAUUAAUAGUCCUGAUCAUAGAUGCGAUAAGAUUGUCUGGUACUGAGAGAAAAAAAACUUUAAACUUGGCCUCUGCACCUGCUGCUAUGGAAUUAUACUUUUUCCUUCAAGCUUGGUUCCAGGCUGCUCCGCAAGCAGUAUUUCAAACUCACUUGCUCUUCAGAGAAAGAACAGUUGAACGCACUCAACAAUCUGCUCCUUCUCCCACAGAAGCAGUUCAGAUACUAUGCAUCCUCGUUUCCAUUGCCGUGAUGGCAAUGAAAACAAUGUCCUUCCAAAGAUACGAAAGUCAACGAGUCUACGGUAGAAAAUUACCCUGGGCCUUAUGGUUGAAAAAAUACCGAAUUCAAGAACUGAACAGCCUCGAGGAAAAAACUCCAUUGCACGCGGCAUCGCCAACCCCAGCCAAAGAUUCAACCAGCCCUUCCCUAGCAGAUAAUUCGAUGCGAUCAAACGAUGAGCACUCAAAUGGCAGAGGAUCGGAAUCCCGAGUCGUUUUGGAACGUCAAAUCUCCACGACUCCACCACUUCCUCCAAAAAACGCGCCUCUCAUUCCUCCUCCCACUCCACUCAGGAGAAUCACUUCCUUCACGCCAAUCCCUGUUCCGGAUAUGCCGGCUCCACCGAGGCCCGACUCCAUUGUCAAUGAAUCCUCGGAAACAGCGAGGUCUACUUCAUCAACACAAGAAAUCGAGGAAAAGCCAUCAGAUAAACUCUCCUCAACCUUGAUAAUUCCAAAACGAAAGCAGUCGACAAAAGGUCUCGAAGAAGACGAACCUGUGGGAAAAUUCGUCUCGUUCCUCUGGUGGUUCCUUUUCAUUUUGCCCCGGGUUCUUUCCAUCGCGAUAUUCUUCGAGCACUUUCCCUUUCAUCUGCUUGGUGUCCUGGGCUUCCACUAUGUGCUCAUGCUUGCAUAUUUAUUUUACUACGCAAAAUAUCAAGACGCCACGACUUUCUUCGUGAAUUUGUGGCUCGGCUUGGUCUACAUUUUCAGCGUGAUUGAGUACAGGAUCAAAUUUAAGUACGCUGACAAGUGGCUAGUUUCAUAUUGCACGCUGGUGCUGUUGCAAAAUACUGCUUUGACCCUUGUCUGGUUCUUUUGUGGCGCAUCAAAUGGAUUCUGGUACUAUUAUGCAUUUUCAAUAACAUUUAUCAGUAUGGGACUCUGCAUUUCUUCGACCGCUGUUUAUCACACAAUGUUUAAACCCGGAAAACGAAGAAUUUACGCUACUUGAGAGAUAAGUGGAGAUAGAUUGUAUAGGGAGAGAUUUAAUUUUAAGAUAGUCCGUCGGUGGACGCUAAUCGACUGAAUGGGAAUGAGCUUUAGAAAAUUAUUGACAACUGUGGAUUUUAAAAAUGAUCCUGAACUCGAAUGAGAAUUGAGAAAAUUCAUAGAAUCGAUUUGUGCAUUAUGAAACGUCGGUGCUCGCUUGGCAUUCACAGUAUUUACGCAUUCGGUACAUCACUCGUUUAUUUAUUAUCCAUUAUUCAUAAUAAAAUCUAUCCUUUAUUUUAUAUUAUACAA